ACAUAGUGAAGCUGUUAGCGUGAAAGUGAACAUUUUCUAAGCGCGUGCACUAACAUGCAAUGCGCAUCUACGGCAAACUUCUUAGUUUUACUUUAUUAAUAGAAGCACUUGGGAUACUUUCUCCGUCUUUGUUUUUGGCUCUUUCGAGGGUCUCUUGUGAGGUUCGGUAGAAUCGUAAAUACUAUGCUACUUCUCUAAUGGAUGCCCCAAUCGACACCGAUUUAUCCCGUAUGAUUUUUGAGCAACCGUCUUUCAAGGACAAUAACGCUCCCAGGGCAAGUUCUUUAGGAGAUGUAUUUGACGAUAGGUCGAAUCGUUUUCAGGGUCCAAAAACCUCGUCUUCUGAGUUCUCCUUUGACAGACGAGGCCGGCUACAGGUGGACCUGGCUACGUCCUCGCCCGUGUACACACGAUAUCGACGAAGAUUUUCCAGCAUCCCCAUCAAUUCCACAGUCAAAGGAGGUUCUCAGAACCCCCGCAGGACACCAACUAAACAACUACCUCAAAACGGCAGCAGCCAGAAUAUUCAGAACCUUCAGUCAAUGAGUGGGCUCUCGUCUAGUGAAGCCGACCUAAAUAACCUGUCUGGCACAAAACUGACAGACGGUGUAUUUGCCUAUGGAGGGACAGAACUAGCGAACCGAGCAUACUCAAAACCUCAUUCUUCAUCGAGGGUCAUAUAUCGAGAGGCCCGACCAGGUGAUAGUGUCUCUAUGCAAAAUGGUAAUUCCGGUAAGGAACCGACAUAUGAUGACACGAUCGUCACGUCCAAUUCCAGCACGAACACAAUGAGAGAAAAGACAAGAGAAAAUCUGUUUGCGUUGAUGAGUGUCAUUUAUGCGUCCUUCAUUGUUUCUCUGGGGACGAUUUUUUCCCUCGUUUCUUCCAGCGUAAAAGCCACAAGAUUCGCUGACCAGAUAUUUUCAUGGGCUACAUACGUGAUCGGAAUCGCGUGGCUGAUUUUUCUUCAAGUGGACAUCGCUCUUUACAAAAGCCACGUCGUCCGACGCAUCAAGGAAAAAUUGGAACAACUCGACGGAUAUAGACGCGAUACGGACCGUGUCUCAAUGACUACUGAUGUUGUCCUCGAAACAAUAAAUAAACCGGAGUGGCAAAACGAAGAAGGUGGCUAUCCUCGAUAUCGAUUUCAAAAGGGCCGUCAUUCAGGAUCUUUUUUCCUUAAGACUGGGAUGGCCGCCUUUUGCUUUGGUCACCUUAUUUACGAAGGACUUAUAUUGGCAAAGUUAAUAACUAAACCUUCCUCAGUCUGUCACAUCGGGGGGUUUCUCGCACUGCACGUCCUUCGACCACUGUAUAGCUUCUACCAGCUUUUUAUGGUGUUCAAGUAUUCACACAUUAUCAUAAACCACUUUACCCCAUGGGCACGAUUUGGGGUUAUGCAUAUAAUUGCAACGUCCAUCAUAUCCUGGUUUCGCACGAUCAUCCUUGACGCCCAAGCUUCACAUAGCGGCACGGAUGAAAAUGCUGGAGUAGUUCACGUCUCUGAAAAUGCAUUCGAUUGCGUAGCAAGCCUCCCAGCCAAUCUUCCACUACUCGCUUAUCUGUACCCUUUUACCAUCGAGUUCAGCAUUAUUAUGGCUGGGGUAUGGUUUAUUAUCUGGACUAAUAUCGGCAGUACCAGCUCGCAUCAUACAAGUCACGCUCAUCUAGAAGCCAGGCUCAAGGAAAACGAAUACGGUGAUGUGGACUUAACGUAUCGAUCACAUUUGGUUCUAUCGGCGGAUUGUCAUUCUGCUAAGACAGGCAUCUUCGCUGGAAUGGUCGUUCUACUUUUAUCGAUCGUUACAGUAAUUCUAUUUUUCGUGUUCACCGGAGCCUUACCAGACAAUGUGCUAAAUGAAUACUCGACAAACAACAGUGUUUUUGACGUUGUCAUUACGGGAAAUCUGAGCAGCGAUCACUUACAAAUUGCUAAACGGAUCUACAAUUUUCAGGACGGAAUGUUGAUUUCCAUCUCGCUCGUGGCUGUUGGAAUGGCGUUUAUGAAAACCCGCUCUUUAUCGUUUAAUCCGGCGCCAAUCACCUUCCUUGACGACUGCCUUCUCGUCAUACCGAUCCCAUUCUUCAUUGUUAAUACUGCCCUCAACGUGGUUGCCGAACUUACCCAUGAUGACGGUACCACGCUGCGCGCUUGCUUCGCAAUUCUCAAGUUGUUCCAGGUCUUAGUGCAAACCCCGAUGUUGAUCGAUGGUCUGCGUCGAUGCAGUUUCUCCACAAAAAUGAGUUAUCAGAAGCCCGGCCGCGAAUUGGUGACAUUUCUCAUUGUGGUCAAUCUUGCUAUGUGGUUCGUUUAUACCUUUGAACAGAAAAAAGUUGACGAAUUCCUUGCGGCAGCACAGCUAUUUCACGACCGUUGGACUUAUAUUGCUCACACAACUGUUCCACUAAUGCUGUUCUACCGUGCUCCGUUUCUUUUUCAGGUUUCAUUCUGCGGUUUGUUUUGCGGAUAUCUGGAAGAGCGCAUACGAAAAAGAGGAAGACUGAAGAUAUAUAAUAAAACAAUGAUCAAAUACGACUUCUCUGGAGCACCAUACAAGUUGUGUAGAUUAAAUAUACACAUAAUCAUUCAAGGUAGCACGUCGGAGUCAAUAUGUGAUACCUAUAAUAUUAUAUUAGCGGUAUGACGAUAUGCGUAUAUUUUUCAAACAUUUGAGUCGAAAUGAGUUAUAAAGUAAUGCGCUGGUUCCACUAGCGUAGUUUCUAAUAAGGAGACGGCCGACAUUCCCACUCUGUGUAGAGUGCGUCCCAACACAUCUUGUUCCCGUUGUUGCACCUGGAUGUUUUUUCUAUCAGGUUAAAGGGGCUGCUUUUCUCUGCGAACUAGCACAACGGAACUUACACUUCUUGCUAUGACCGAUAUGUAGUGGAUGGAAUAUUGGAACGUACGAGUGUUAAAGAAGAGAAAUCUUCGUUGAGUUCUAUCAUGUAAUAAGCUUAGGCUCAGCUAGAGUAGAUCCACGGCAAAGUAGUAGGCUGUCUUAAUCAAGAUAAAGUCAUCUCGUUUUGCAUGGCACUUUUUUUUAAAGGAGAGGAUAAUGAAAGCCAGUAUUUGCAGACCUAGACUGUCCUAGUUGUUUGUGUUAUCGCGAGUCGUUACGGGAUCCGAACCAACUACAGUAAGGUACAUAAUAAUAAAAUGAACGCUUAGAAAACGCUAUUUUUAAAUCGAUCUGAAAUUAACCGAUGUAUACCGUUGAAGCUUCAUUUAUUGAAUUACUUGCUGCUACCCCUCGUCACAUCCUUAGCCUUCUCUAUAUAUUUAUAUAUCAUCUAUUAUAUUCAUAUUUAGUCUCCUCCUUAGAUUAUCCAUCAGUCCAUUUCAAUGACUUUAGUCAUUCUUCAGUAUGUGGACCUCAGCAAUCCUAUUUCUGUCUCACUCAAUGGUAAAUAUAUCACUUCUCCUAAGGUGUGCUUCGGAUUGUGUGUACGUGUUCUCUCGAGCGUAUGUGUAUUUCGUUUGGUUUAUCCGAUUUUUGUUACAUCUGGCCACAGUACUUAAGCCACACUCAUCUUUGUCUAGCCCAAUCGUUAUUUAUUAUUAUCAUCGUUUUUUCUUCUGCUAUUCCCUUUCUUCUAUCACCCUAGUUCAUAUAUCAUGCGUUGUUGAUGUUGUUGUUCCACAACAGCUUUAUCUAAAGCACAACAGACCCCAAUAUUUUUACUGCAUACGGACUUAGUUCAUGCCGAGAUUUUGAUCAUCGUCAGCGUGAACAUAGCCAUGAUAUCAAUGCAAUCUUAAUACUAUUAUCAUCGUUAUGAAGGACAACAACCUUCUUUACCUCGAUGCCCGUUUCAUCAUCACCGUAUCGAACCAGAACAAUGACUAGCAAUCUUCCUCCUUAGCUAGGGCUCGCUGUGGACUUUUCCUUAAACAUUUUCCCCUUUUGCCAUUCACA